CCUAGGAGACGCUUUCCCCGAAACAAUCAUUCAGUUUCGCGAUCCCGACCUGACAUGAGCAUCUAAAUUAUCCUCCGGUCCAAAAACCUCGUGAACCGAGCGGAAAAUGUCCAACGACAGCAGCCCUAACCAAGGGGAGUCGGCCGCCUCCAAAGCGGCCAAACGAAGGGCCGCCACCAGAAAUCCCUAUCUGAACUUCAUGCGAGAGUUCCGGCUGAAGAACAAGAACAUGAACGUGGUGGAGCAGACCGUGAAGGGGGCCGAGAUGUGGAGGAAGAUGAACGAGAGCCAGAAGGCGCCCUACGUGGACCUGGCGCGUCAGGCCAGGCGAAGGAGGAAGAAGGGCAAGAAGAGGAGGAGGAGGGGUAGGAGGCACUCCAUGGAGUCAGACUACUGAUGGAGCACGAAGCAGCAUCGCCGGUCCUGUCUGGUCAAGAUUGGACGAUUUCUUAAUUAGGGUUCUCUGAGCAAAUUGUGACGUGAUUUCACUGACAGUCCUUGUGUCUGUUUUGACGUAUAUGGAAUAAAAUUCGUUGUGAAUAUC